UGCGGCGUACUUCGUGUUCCGGCUCCCCGGGGUGGGCCUGAGCCUUUGGCUCUCCAGUGACGGGUUGAGGAGGCCGCAGACUCUGGACCUGCUUGUUUCAGUGGCGGACUCGGCGGACUGACCUCGGCCACUGCUCUUGCUGACCUUGGCCCAGGGUCGGAGCCGAUGGCGGCUUGGGCCCCUGUCACCUUGAGCAGGACCGCUGCCCAGUGCUUGUGGGCGCGAGGCCCCGGGGUCCGGGUGGCUCGUCCGCGCUUCCCCCCGGCCUUCCAGCCUGAGUCCCCAGGCUGUAGCCCCUGUGAGGGCCGGACGCUGCACCUCACGGCAGAAGUCCUCGCCGGGCACAACAAGUGGUCCAAAGUCCGGCACAUCAAGGGUCCCAAGGACACCGAAAGGAGUCGCGUCUUCUCUAAGCUCAGUUUGAGCAUUCGCCUAGCGGUUAAAGAAGGAGGCCCCAACCCCGAGUUCAAUAGAAACCUGGCCAGCAUCUUAGAGGUGUGUCGCAGCAAGCACAUGCCCAAGGCAACAAUUGAGGCAGCACUGAAAAUGGAGAAAACCAAGGACAUUUAUUUGUUGUAUGAGGGCCGAGGCCCUGGUGGCUCUUCUCUUCUCAUUGAGGCGUUAUCUAACAGUAGCUCCAAGUGCCACUCGGACAUCAAACAUAUCCUGAACAAGAAUGGGGGAAUGAUGGCUGAAGGAGCUCGCCACUCCUUUGACAAAAAGGGGGUGAUCGUGGUUGGAGUGGAGGACAAAGAGAAGAAAGCUGUGAAUCUGGAGCGUGCCCUGGAGCUGGCAAUAGAAGCAGGAGCUGAGGAUGUCAAGGAAACUGAAGAUGAAGAGGAAACGAACAUUUUUAAAUUUAUUUGUGAUGCCUCUUCACUGCAUCAAGUGAGGAAGAAGCUGGACUCCCUGGGCCUGUGUUCUGUGUCCUGUAUGCUAGAGUUCAUCCCCAACACAAAGGUGCGGCUGGCUGACCCUGACCUGGAGCAGGCUGCCCAUCUCAUCCAGGCUCUCGGCAACCACAAUGACGUGAUCCACGUCUAUGACAACAUUGAGUAGCCAGGCUGUACGUGCCCCUGGCAGCCUAUUCUGGAGCACAAGCUUCUGCAGUGUCCUCUGAGACUCAAGCAGGUCAGGGCGGUGGGUGGUCUAGCAGGUUAGGAAGCAGAAGACCUGUAGUUUGUGGUCAGCGGAAUCCCUGCACUUUUGUGAAGCCUAUUUGUCAGCUCUGCUGGUGUCUCCGUGCCCUCCCAGGUGAGCCCCUCCACAUCCUUCUGGAUGCAGAGUGAGGCCAGUCAGCUGGUCAGAUUCUGAUCUCAGGAAGUUGGCCCUUGUGGGGAUGGUAGGUGCCCUGAGGGCCCAUGUACUAGAAACUGCUCUUAAAUAAUAACAGUUAUUGAUCUGGG